UCGCCACGCCCCCAUCUCUCACCGGAACCAUGGUUGCCGAGAUGCAUACAUGUGGCAACAUGGCAGCCGCGUCGCAUGUAAACAUGAAGGAAAUCAAGGAUAACUUAGAAAACUGGGAACACCCUUCUGAACCUCUGGCACCAAUCACCGAGAAACAAGCCGAAGGCAUAUCUCAGCUUAUGGCCCAUGUUGCAGAGCGCCCUAUGCCCGAUGGUAUGCCACCGAAGUUGUCGACGACACCAGACCACCACAAACGCAAAGCGAUGCCACUGGUUCCCGAACUCUCCGAACUUCCGGAAUGCUUGCAAAAAGUUUUGAAAGGAGACGUAGUGAUCACAAAUGCACAACAGUUCCUGACGUGGUUCUCGGAGGUGGAAGAGAAGAUGAUGGAGGAGAGUGACUGGGAAUACACCAACUACAUUGAUGUGGUGUCAUCCUACCGGGAAAAGUGUUGCGGACUGCUAAGUGAAAUCGACGCGUCGAUGGCGCAACUCAGGUUGCUCCAAGAGGAAUAUGAGUUUGUGUCUAACAAAACGAAUGCACUUCACGAGGCCUGCGAGCACCUGCUGGAUGAACAGUCAAAGCUGAUGAAUGCUGUAGAAACCAUUGCCGAAAAGCUGCGGUACUUUACAGAAUUGGACACGUUAUCUCAAAAAAUGGCUUCCCCCGACAUUUCUGUCCUGAGCGAAACUUUCAUACCUAUGUUGACAAGACUGGAUGAGUGCAUCAGCUAUCUAGAAUCAAAUCCACAAUACAAAGAGGCGGGUGCCUACUUGGUCAAGUUCAAACACAUGCAGUGGCAAGCGCUGGAGAUGAUUCGGUCGUACGUGACGAGUACCCUGGAGCACACGACGCACCAAGUGUUGUCCCGCAAGGACCCCCUGUGCUCCACCGACAAUUCUUUCGCACUCCUGUACGGCAAGUUUAGGACCCACGCACCUAGGAUUCACUCUCUGGUGGGCCAGAUUGAAGAACGUGUGGAGCGAAAUGCUGAGUACCGAGAGCUGAUGGAUGCUUGCCAUACGUGCUAUUUUGAGCAACGAGAGACGCUACUCGGGCCUAGCGUGUCGACAGCCAUGAAAGAACUCGCAGCCACUCACCAGCGGGACCAUUGUGCUCUGGUCAGGAGCGGGUGCGCCUUCCUGGUGCACCUCUGCGAAGACGAGCACCAGUUGUACAUGCAAUUUUUCACCAAGGCCACGUCACUGUUGGAUGACUUUCUGAGUCACCUCUGUGGGCGACUGUACGAUGUUUUCCGUCCCAUCAUCAUCCACAUAAAUCACUUGGAAACACUGGCAGAACUCUGCAGUAUAUUGAAGGUUGAAAUGAUGGAGCAACAUGUCGCUGCAAAUCCAAAUGAGCUGCGAGCAUUUUGCAAGGUUGCCCAGCAAAUGCUCGAAGAUGUGCAGGAGCGGCUGGUCUACCGGACUUUGGUCUACAUUCGCACGGAUAUCCUGGGCUACAAUCCUGCACCUGGUGAUUUGGCAUAUCCGGAAAAGCUCGAGAUGAUGGAGAGCAUCGCCGAGAGUCUUGCACAGAACUCCCUGAGCCGGUCGAGCUCAAGGGGCUCCCUGGUGUCCAUCGGUUCUUCGGCCUCUGGAAGCCUGCCUCAUCCGCAAGGCAGCGCUCACUCUACCGAAAAGCCAUACGAGGCGGCGGUGCUCCAAGUGUCGUCGUCUCAGCAUGUCACCGAAACGAGUGGUGGCAGCACCACUAUGCACACGACCGUUUCCGCACAGAACUCGGAUGCUGCGCCAUCUACGAGGCACAAAGGAUAUUCUCCUGCCGACUUGCACGGAAUGUGGUACCCCACCGUUCGAAGGGCGCUGGUGUGCCUCUCGAAACUCUACCGCUGUGUUGAUAAAACCAUCUUCCAAGGACUCAGCCAGGAAGUGCUUGCAGCAUGCAUCGAAUCCCUAUCCACUGCGGGGACAGAAAUCUCAAAGAACAAGGCCAACAUAGAUGGAGAACUGUUCCAAAUCAAGCACUUGCUCAUCCUUAGAGAACAAAUUGCACCUUUCCAAAUAGACUUCGCCAUCAAGGAAACGUCCCUGGACUUUACGAGGAUUAAAGAUGCGGCACUUAGCCUGUACAGCAAAAAGUCUAGGCUCUUUUCAUUGGGAACAAACAAUGCCUUGCUGGAGUUUGUUCUUGAG